AUGUCGACCAAUGUGGCCCGGGAGGGGCUGGCCCUCGUGUGCAUUAUCGACACACAACUCGAGCCGGAGGCGUGGAAGGAUAUUUUCAACGAAUUUGGAGUAAAAACCAUAAGUAACAUCGACGUGCUAAUAUCUCGUGCCCUUAAAGCUUUCAGCGAUAAUGGUUUCAACCUUUUAAAUCUGCUGGCUGGUGCCCACAACGACCUGGCCGGUGGGGGAAUUGUAAUACGUAACCUCGAGGCCCCCGACGGUUUCGAUGAUUUUGUUUACAGUUUCGAUAUCAGCAUACACGGUUAUGGCUGUGAGUUCGCCAAAGCUGUGGCCGACGACGGCGUCGACGCGCAGACCGGCGUCUUCCCAAAUCCUAGCACAACUGUAUUGCACGGUAAAAGUCGCGGUCUAUAA